CCCCCUUUCGUUCCUCGCACAGAUUAGGGUAACCAAAGUUCCAAACCCUAAACGCUACGAUUUUAAUUUUCUGGUUUUCUCUUUUUCAAUCGGUGCUUCCUCCGGCGGCGCGUGGGAGUGUCUUUGGCGCGUGAUUCCUAGUUCCCCGCUUACCUAUGCUUCGCUCGACCCGCAUUGUAGAGUUCACGCCGGAGAGACGGCGGAAUCUCACCGGACGAUCGUGAUUUCGCAUCUUCAUGGCUUCCGCCUACCGGAACGAACCUAAUUGGCCACGGCAUAGAAGCGGUGGAGCUGGAUUCAUGGGAAAAGUACCUUUCUCUAACCCUAACCCUAACCCUAAUUCUAACCCUAAAUUAGCGAAUGGCAAGAAGACCCAAUCGGCGUCCGAUGAUGCUUCCUCUAUCAACCGGAGAUCGAACGACGCCGCAACUCACUCCCAGUAUGUGACCUUCAACGUCGCUUCGUGCACCAAGAAGGAGCUCAACGACUUCAAGAAUCGCCUCGUCUCGGAGCUCGAACAAAUUCAGAAGCUAAGGAAUCAAAUCGGGUCCAGCGAGUUUCAACCCGGGCAGAGCCUCAACGGACAUCCAAAGAAACCGUCAGGCAAGAAAAUUUCCGGCAACAAGCGACCCUUGCCAUCUAAUUCCGCAAAGGAUUUGAAACGGUCGCAUUCGGAGGUUGGAAACUUGAUGAAGUGUUGCUCGCAAGUUUUGCAGAAGCUGAUCAAACACAAACAUGGGUGGGUCUUCAAAGCCCCCGUCGAUGUAGUUGGACUGAAACUCCACGAUUACUGCGAUAUAAUUAAGCAGCCCAUGGAUCUGGGUACUGUGAAGUCCAAUCUCUCUAAGAACGUGUACGCCACGCCUGCAGAUUUCGCCUCUGAUGUGAGAUUGACGUUCAACAAUGCACUGGCUUAUAACCCUAAGGGUCACGACGUGUACACCAUGGCGGAACAGCUUCUGGCUAGGUUUGAGGAACUAUAUCGACCGGUGCAUGAGAAAUUCGAAGGUAGCAUAGUUCAUGAUCGCGAAUCUGAGGAGGAAUUGCAAGCCAGUUCGUGGAGCCAAGUUGAGCCAGAGAGGGUGAAGAAAAAGGAGAAUCCGAUCCCUCCUGCAAAAUUGCAUAAAGAACCUCCACCGCAGCACCCUGCAAGUUCUUCAAAUCCUCCAUUGGUGCAGUCUCCGGUGCGCACACCAUCCCCAAUGCGAGCUCCUCCUGUGAAGCCUUUGAAGCAACCAAAGCCGAAGGCUAAGGACCCCAACAAGAGGGAUAUGAGUCUUGAAGAGAAACACAAGUUGGGGUUAGGGUUGCAGAGUUUGCCGCCAGAGAAAAUGGAACAGGUGGUGCAGAUCAUAAGGAGGAGGAAUGGACAUUUGAAGCAGGAUGGGGAUGAGAUCGAGCUAGACAUUGAGGCUGUUGACACAGAGACACUUUGGGAACUUGAUCGAUUGGUGACUAAUUACAAGAAGAUGGUUAGCAAGAUUAAGAGGCAGGCAUUGAUGGGCAACAUUGACAACAACAACAACGAUGUGCAGUCUAACAAAGGCAACGGGGAAUUGCCUUCUAGCGAGAAGGUUGAUGGGGGGCCAGUUGAAGUGAAGAAGCCAAAGAAAGUAGAAGCAGGGGACGAGGAUAUUGACAUUGGGGAUGAGAUGCCAACGAGUAUGUUCCCCCCUGUGGAGAUUGAGAAAGAUAAAGAUGUUGUUGGAGGCCAUGCAAGUAGUAGUUCUAGUAGCUCUGGCAGUUCAAGCAGUGAUUCGUCUUCGUCAAGCGAUUCGGAUUCGGGGAGUUCCUCAGGGAGUGAUUCUGAAGCAGACAACGGGCACUCGUAGUAGUCAGUGGGUUUUUGGAACUAAUGGUCAUGUAGAUGAAGAAAAUGCUUUUGCUUCAUUGGCUUCCUUUGAGGGCGUGGCUCGAAUACAUGGACGAGGGAUUGUGACCGUUGUUUGUUGGUUCGUUUUGGGAGUAGCGGUUUGCAUUGUGGCGCUGUCCACUCCAGGAUUUGUGGUGUGACAUAUUUGUACAAACAAUUUCGGGAACCGAAGUAAUCAUCAAAACAAUUUGUAGGCCAGAAAGUAGUAGACUUAAAUGUGGUGAAAAUUCUAGGAUAGAAUCGUUAAAAAUUAGGAAUAGAACUGAGAGUUAGUGUUUUUGAGUUUACCUUGUACACAUUACAACAGUAAAUAGAUGGAAGAUCCUUGAAAAUUUGCCUUUUUUUGUGGAUUGUGCAUCGGAAAUUUUGGGAUCGUUAAUUACUUGAAAAGAUCAAUCAUCUUUCAUUUUGUAUGUUGUGUGCCAAGCACAUGCUUGAACACCAAGGAAAAACUACAAUGGGAAUAAAGGCUUCAUGACAAUCAAUAAAAAGCAUAUUUUUUAA